UCACACGUCUACGUUAUGUGAGAAUGGAUGUGGUUUGGGGAGAACAUCACAGCUGUUUGUUUUGACAUGACAAAAGAGGUCGUAGGUGGACAUGAAGACGUGUGUACCGCUUAGGAAUUUGUGCUCUCCAGUCCGUUAACCGUCGCUUUUGGUCUAGUUGGUUCUCCAAACGUCAAGAGCGGUGAGGCGCUAGCAGGCUAGCUAACAGCCAUUCAUCCUACCAACUGGCCAGGUGCUGUGUUGCUGAGACGUUGAGACGUGUGCAAGAUGGCGGGAGGAAUCACAGAGACGGGAGAACUCUACUCUCCCUUCGUGGGCAUGGUGUACAUGUUUAACCUGAUCGUGGGUACCGGCGCCCUCACGAUGCCCAAAGCCUUCGCCACCGCGGGCUGGGCCGUCAGCCUGGCUCUCAUCUGCAUUCUGGCAUUCAUGAGCUACAUGACUACUACGUUUGUGAUCGAGGCCAUGGCAGCUGCCAAUGCCCAACUACGCUGGAAACGCAGAGAGCAGGAGGAGGUGCAGGAGAGUGACUCCACGUCGGACUACUCGGAUGAUGAUGUCAUCACCAGGGGACGAUCAGAACCCGUGGAGAGCAGACCCAUCCUCUCCACACAGAGUCGUGGGGCGGUGGAUCAUUUUGACAUUGUGGAACGAGUGGAGAUGGGACAGAUGGCUUCCAUGUUCUUCAACAAAGUGGGCGUGAACAUGUUUUACAUCUGCAUCAUCGUCUACCUGUACGGAGACCUGGCCAUCUAUGCUGCCGCCGUCCCCAUGUCACUCAUGGAGGUAGCAUGUGGUAACCAGUCGUGCAGUGCGGGGACUCUGAGCUACAAUGACACAGACUCAUGCUGGGGACCAAUCAGAAGGAAGGACGCCUACCGGAUAUUCCUGGCUAUCUUCACAGUGCUGCUGGGUCCCUUUACGUUCUUCAACGCCCAGAAGACCAAAUACCUGCAGAUCAUGACCUCACUCAUGAGGUGGCUAGCGUUCACCAUGAUGAUCGUGUUGGCGUUGAUGCGUAUCGGUAAGGGCGAGGGCGAAGGGCGCCCCCCGGUGGCCAGCUUCAGUGGCGUGCCCAACCUGUUUGGCGUGUGCGUCUACUCCUUCAUGUGUCAACACUCGCUGCCCUCCCUCAUCACGCCCAUCUCGCGCAAAGGUCGUCUGGGUGCGUUGUGCCUUGUGGACUACUGUUUGAUCCUGGGCUUCUACGCUCUGCUCUCCUUCACCGGGAUAUUCUGCUUCGCGUCCGACCGACUCAGAGACAUGUACACACUCAGCUUCACCGCAGACUGCCAGGUAUUAGACGUGGCAGGUCUGCGCUACUUCCUGGGUCUCUUCCCGGUCUUCACCAUCAGCACCAACUUCCCGCUGAUCGCCGUGACGUUGCGUAACAACUGGAAGACUCUGUUCCACCGCGAGGGCGGAUCCUACUUCCCCUGGGUGGUGGACCGCCUCCUCUUCCCCGCGCUCACUCUGGCGCCCCCGGUGGCCGUGGCGUUCGGCACGCACGACCUGGAGGCGCUGGUGGGCAUCACGGGGGCGUACGCGGGCACCGCCAUCCAAUACGUCAUCCCCGCCUGCCUGGUGUACUGCGCGCGGCGCCACCUGGAGCCCGUGGUGGGCCAGCGCGCCCUGGAGAGUCACGCGCACCGCUCGCCCUUCACGCACUCCGGCUGGGUGGUGUUCGUGCUGGUGUGGGCCGCGUCCUGUCUGGUCGUGGUGACCGCCAACAUCAUACUCACCGAGACCAAGGACUGAGGACGUUAAGAUGCACACAGACACACAUGCAGACAAUAUACACACACACACACCUGUCCUGUCUGGUCGUGGUGACCACCAACAUCAUACUCACCGAGACCAAGGACUAAAGAGGACGAGACGGACACUCGCGUUUAGACACAUUUACGCACACAUUACACACACAUUAUACACACAGAGACUUGGUCUUCUUGCAGGUGUGGGCCGCGUCGUGUCUGGUCGUGGUGACCACCAACAUCAUACUCACCGAGACCAAGGACUAAAGAGGGCGAGACGACCACCCGCGUUUAGACACAUUACACACACAUUACACACACAUUAUACACACAGAGACUUGGUCUUCGUGCUGGUGUGGGCCGCGUCGUGCCUCGUGGUCGUGGUGACCGCCAACAUCAUACUCACAGAGACAAAAGACUGAGGACGAGACGUCGCUGGCGUUUAGAUGCACACAGACACACAAAUCACUAAUAUCAUACUGACACACGUUUUGUACAUUUUACAUACAUACUCAUCAUUAACAGAGACAGAAGACUGAGAUAUCACUCACAAUGAAAUACACACAGACACAUUUGCGCACACAUUAUACACACACACACACAAAGACACAUACAGAGACUCACCACUAAUAGAGACAA